CAUGGGUAGUUAUUUUUGAUGUUGAGGUCUUUGGGUUGAAUGUCAUCCCUUUUGCGCAUUAUUCACGUCUAAGAUGAUAAGUUAUAUGUUUCCACUAAUGUUUUCCCACAGAAAUAUAAUGAGAGAUGAUUUCCAAGGUCACAAGUAUUUUCCAUGUUGGAUUGGCCUCCUGCUAUAAAAUGCUAAUCUAUAGGCUCGUCUACAAUCGAAAACCGCAACACAUACACAGUUCUAGUUCAAGCAGAGAGAUAGGUGUGGCCAUUCCGAACGACGCUGAGUCAUGGUUCCCUCUUCACUUAAAGACGAACCGCAGUGUCACAAAGCUGUCUUCCUAAAGCUCUUCAACUUCAGUCUUGGUGUCAUGAUCAUUGGAAUGGUGCUCACCUUAUUCCCUGGAUUUGCUUCAACUGCCACUCCUGGUUUCCCUCUUGAAGCCGAAAAUGGGAAUGCAGAGAAGGCAGCAGAAACUCUGCUGAAAUGGAAAUCCACUCUUGACAAUCAAAGCCGACCUCUCCUGUCCUCAUGGCAGGGCGAGAAUGCUUGCUCUAGUAAUUGGACAGGAAUCACCUGUGACUUACCAGGAGUCGUCACUAGCCUAAAUCUUUCGAACAUGGGCUUGAGAGGUAUGCUUGGUGCUCUUAAUUUCACUGCUCUACCUCAUCUAGUUAGCCUGGACCUGUCAAACAACUCAUUUCGUGGCCCUGUUCCUCAAGAAGUGGGGAAACUGAGAUCCCUAAUUCGCCUCAAUUUGUAUGGGAAUAAUCUCAAUGGUUUCAUCCCUACAUCUAUUGGGAACUUGAGCAACCUAGAAAAUCUGUGUCUCGCCGCUAAUGGUCUUUCGGGUCCUAUUCCACAGGAAGUGGGUGACUUGAGAGGUUUAACCAUACUUGCUUUGUCCAGAAAUAGUCUCAAUGGUUCGAUCCCUACAUCAGUUGGGAACUUGGUUAAUCUAACCGUAUUGCUUCUGCAUUUCAACAACCUUUCUGGUUUCGUUCCUCGUGAAUUGAAUAAUCUUACUCGUUUAGUUCAGUUUACUCUGGCUCAAAAUGAACUAACAGGGAAGCUUCCUGAAAAUGUAUGCCUCGGUGGGUCACUGGAAGUCUUUACAGCAUUUGACAAUCGCUUGAAUGGUCCCAUCCCAAAAAGCUUGAGGAACUGCAGCAGCUUAGUUAGGGUUUGGCUUCAAGGAAAUCGACUUAGUGGAAAUAUAACGGAAGAUUUUGGUGUAUACCCUAAGUUAAAAUUCAUUGACUUGAGCCUUAAUCGACUCUCUGGCAAGCUUUCUUGGACAUGGGGACUAUGCAGCAGUUUGGAGAGCUUGCGAGUCUCUCAAAAUGUUAUUUUUGGUGAGAUUCCCCCCAUGAUUGGGAAUAUGACUCAAUUGAGAGUGUUGGACUUAUCUUCAAAUUACAUAACUGGAGGGAUUCCUCAUGAAUUGGGAAGACUAUUUUUAUUGAUAGAGCUUUCUCUAUAUGGUAACAAUAUUUCAGGCGACAUCCCUCUUGAGAUUGGGCUUUUCUCAAGUCUAGCAAAGCUCAACUUGGCAAGCAACAGUUUGAGUGGUCCGAUUCCUGCACAAUUAGGACAAUGUAGAAAAUUAUGGUACCUGAACUUGAGCAGAAACGUGAUUCAAGGAAGUAUUCCAUCGGAGGUUGGAAAUAUACAAUUUCUGCAGAUUCUCGAUUUAUCCAGUAACUUCUUGGAGGGAAAACUAGCCCAGGAUCUUGGAAAGCUGACUGCAUUAGCUGACUUAAAUCUCUCCCAUAAUGGCUUCUUCGGUUCCAUUCCACAUAGUUUCUACGAUAUGUUAGGCCUUGUGUCCGUUGACAUAUCAUAUAAUGACUUGGAGGGGCCACUCCCAGACAUUAAGGCCUUCCGCAUGGCUCCAUACGCAGCAAUUCAGAAUAACAAAGAUGUAUGCGGUGUUGUGGCUGGUCUAAGAGCAUGCACUUCUUCCUCGAGCAAGAAAACCAACAGAGAGAGGGGGAAGAAACUUGUGGUCAGAAUAACUCUGUCGGUUACAAGCACCUCGUUCCUCAUUGUUGUUCUGGUGGGGAUCGUUCUUUUGGCUGGCAAGAGAUGCAAGAAUAAAAAAUGUAAUUUGACAGAGUUGUCUACCGGAGAUCCCUUUGUGGUGUGGAGCUACGAUGGCAAAUUGGUUUAUCGACUAAUUGUCGAGGCCACAGAAGCUUUCCAUCCGAAGUACCGGAUUGGAGAGGGAGGAUUUGGAGCUGUUUACAAAGCUGAGCUGUCUCCGGAUCGAGUCCUUGCAGUGAAGAAGCUUCAUUCAUUAGAAGAUGGUGAGGUUGUCGGGGUUACCUCUUUGCAGAGGGAGGUGAAAUGCCUAGCAAAUAUAUGCCACCGCAACAUAGUGAAGCUCUAUGGAUAUUGCCUGCAUCCAAAGCAUUCAUUUUUGGUUUAUGAGUUCCUCGAGAGAGGAAGCUUAAGAAGAAUCUUGAAAGAUGACGAAGCGGCGAUGGAGCUACAUUGGGUCAGGAGGGUAGAUGUUCUCAAAGGAGUGGCGAAUGCAUUGUCCUAUAUGCACCAUGAUUGCUUCCCCUCAUGGAUUCAUCGAGACAUGACAAGCAACAACGUUCUGUUGGAUGCUGAUUACGAGGCUCACGUUUCUGACUUUGGCAUUGCUAGGCUUCUCAAACCAGAUUCAUCAAAUUGGACUUCUUUGGCUGGUACUCUUGGGUACAUUGCUCCAGAGCUAGCAUACUUGCCAGUCGUCACAGAAAAAUGCGAUGUUUAUGGCUUUGGAGUGAUAGCAAUGGAAGUGAUCAUGGGAAAACACCCGGGAGAUCUCAUCUCCAUUUCGGGUCCAUCAUCUUCAUCGCUGGCAAAGAUUGGUUCGGACUUUUUACUCCAGGAUGUGUUGGAUCGACGCCUCUCACCUCCUAUGGGUAGAGAUGCAGAGGACGUGGUGUCAAUCGCAAAACUGGCAUUGGGAUGUUUGCAAGUGGAUCCCCGACGUCGGCCAAGCAUGAAAGGAGUCUCGCUACUGCUACCAGUUCAAGUGCCUCUAGCAAAGCCAUUUUCUGAGAUCACAUUGGGUGAACUAAAUAGCUUCGGCUGUUGAUCUGUGUACAUGAAAGAGGUGUAUUGUUAAGCAGUCCCAAAAGUGAAAGUACCAUAAAACUAGUUACCAUUCCAACAUAAAAUGAGGAUUUGUGGUUGAGCUGCAUCCUCACAAAGCUCCAUUCUGUCCCACCACCCUUUAUAUCUAACAUUUAUCUCUGCAUAUUUAAGCCAAAACCUCCUGUUGUCUCACUUUUGUAUUUGCUAUUUAUCCCUUACGUACUUAUUAUUUUUAUUAGA